AUGUCAAUCGUGAAAUCUUCAAAAAACAAGGAUCAACUUUUACUUAGUGGUUAUCAUUAUCGUCGUGCAAAUAAAUCUCAAAUUAUUUGGCGUUGUUGUCGAAAUGACUGUGCUGGUCGUGUACGUUUUGAUGGAACAGGUUAUAUUAAAGUUACGGAUCAUCUUCAUGCACCAAAUCCUGAAGAAACAAUAUCAGUGGAAUUCAAAUCAAAUAUCAGUUCUGGUGCAACAAUAUCAAAGGAUUUUAUUUACAAGGCAAAUCAAGUAACAUUAACAUGUCUUCAAUUAAUCAAUGCCGAACGUCAAAAUGAAAUGAUUAAUAUUCAAUUUAUUCGUACAGUUGUAGAAAUUGAACUAGGCUUUGAGGAAAAUUCAUUUGUACCAAAUAGUAAUGAUCAAAUAAUAUCUCCAACAUUGAAAAUUUAUAAAGAUUACUUUGAAGUACCAUUUUUUCAAUAUACAGAACAAUUUUAUCAUUUUGCAUGUCUAUUCAAAUCAACUGAUAAAAUACCAAAUGUAAUUGUUCAAUUGAAAAAAAAUUUUAAAGAUAAUUUUCUUCCAAAAGAAUUCUUUAAAGUUGCACAAAAAGUUUUUAAUAAUAACGAAAAUUUGAUUACUUCUGUUAAUAAAACUUGUACAAAUUUUAUUAAUAAUAAUGUAUUAACAGAAGUUACUGAUAAUGCAAGAAGAUCAGCUGAAUUAUUAGCUCGAUAUUGUGAUAUAGUUUUACGAAAAGGGUUUGUUUAGGUUUGACAUUUCUUAUUAAAUUGUAAUUAAUGAAAGUUUUUAGAAGUAAAGUUGAAAAAGAAAUCGAGAUUGAGAAAAAAUUCGAUCAAAUUAUGGUAUUAGAUUUUCUAUUAUUAUUUUUCUUAAUUUAGUGUUUUUAAUUA